GUCAUGGCGCGCGGAUGAAAACAGUCGCAUGAUACUGUUUAUUUCAAGACAGAUAGCGUUUACAAGACUGAUAGAUAUAUUCGUCGUUUCUGUGCGUUGCCAAAGAAAGCACAUCAUCUCUAGUCCGUGGAGCUCAAUGGCGCUGUCAGAGUGGCGUCUGUCUCUCAAGCUGCUGGAUCAGCCUUCUCUUCCCAAGUCCGUGCUGCGGUUUCCCGAGACUGAGCCUGGAGAUGUUCCUCCCGGAGAGUAUCGGGUCUCCACUCUCAAGCAGCUGCUGUCAGCUCAGAUCCCACAUGCCAUACCAGAUCCUGAGCUCAUAGAAUUAGUGUACUGUGGCAGAAAGUUAAAGGAUGACUUGACUCUGGAGUCCUACGGGAUUCAGUCGGGAUCCACAGUGCACAUCCUGAGAAAGUGUUGGCCUGAGCCUGAGAUCCAUCCCGAGCCAGUGGACAAGGUUGCGGCUGCGAGGGAGUUUCGUGUCUUGCAGGCAGCUCUUCACAGCAGCACUGCAUACAGAGACUCGGUGUUCAAGAUGCUGAACAACAAGGAAUCCCUCGAGCAGAUCAUCGUGGCAACACCUGGGCUGAGCAGCGAUCCUGUGGCUCUGGGGGUUCUUCAAGACAAAGACCUCUUCAUACAAUUCACCGACCCAAACAUGCUUGACACACUGGCCAAAUCCCACCCGGCGCUGGUAAAUGCCAUCAUCCUGGUGCUGCACUCGGUGGCUGGCAGCGUGCCGCCCCAACAGAGUGCCAGCUCCUCCAGAAACGUGUCUUCUAGCUCUUACAGCGACAUGCCAGGAGGUUUCCUCUUUGAAGGCAUGUCUGAUGACGAGGAGGACUUCCAGUCGGGUCCCUCUUCAGGAGUGUCCCCAAUCCCUGCAGGCACUCCUAUAACCAACAACCUGUUUAACCAGGCACUGCAGCAUGCCCUGCAGGUGUCCAGCAUGUCCAGCUUACAUAAUCAGUGGCAGUCGCAGCUCCAGCAGCUGCGGGACAUGGGCAUCCGUGAUGAGGAGCUCAUCCUGAGAGCCCUGCAGGCCACCGGCGGAGACAUCCAAGCGGCCCUGGAGCUCAUAUUCGCCAGAGGCGCACCAUGAAUCAUUUUCUGAAGUAAAACGUUGCUAUGAUGUUACAACUAAGGCAGAUUUACCACUACAUAUUCAAUAUUUUAACUACCUAGUUGAAAGUGUGGUUUACUUUUAAUUUAUGUUUGUCUUUUAUUUUUAGACAUGUACAUUGAAUGCGGUGCUAUCAGCUGUUUGAAGAGUAGGCCUAGUUUAGGGCACACGUUACAAUAUGUCACUUCUGCUGUGUUAAUAAAAUGUGUUCAGCAUCAUAAAUAUUGAUAGCUAAAAGCUAAAGUUUGAUGUUCAGACAAUCAUUGUUAUGGGUUUUUUUUGUUAUUAAUUAAAAUCUUCCAU